AUGUCUACCACAGAUGAUACUCCGUCUAGCAAUGCUCCAACCCCAAAGAAUCCAACAAAAAAGACUGUCAAGCCCAAGCCCAAAAAAGUGGUGAAGAACAAAAAAAAAGAGACUCCGAAAGCGAAUGCGACUCCGAAAGCGGUUCAAACUCCAAACGUGAUUGACACUCCGAUUGCGGCUGAAACUCCAAAGGCAGCCCAAACUCCGAAGACAAUUGAACCCGUUCCCAACCAAGCGAGCCAAAGUGAAGCUGGCGCUGACGACAGUGAUUCGGAGGACGAAGAAGGCGAAAAAAAAUCCCGCGCUCCCAACUAUCAAGAACACGAGGAUCUCCAGCUUUGUACUUCGUGGCUUGAGACAACUGAGGAUGGAAGGAAAGGUACCGAUCAGACUGGCAAGGCUUUUUGGGGAACGGUCACAAGCCACUAUCACUCGAAGAUCACCGACCCCAAGCGAUCAAUUCGAAGCAUCAAAGGUCGUUGGGGCCUUAUACAACACGCUCUGAACAAAUUCCAUGGUUGUGUCAAUCAGAUCAACCACAGGAAUCCGAGCGGUACGACUGCCACCAAUCGGAUCAGUAUGGCCCUCAGCUUGUUCACCCAACUUCACGAUAAACCUUUCACAUAUAUGUGCUGUUAUAAUCUCCUCUCAACUUCGCCGAAGUGGCAUGAAUACAAUAUCUCUAUGGAUAAGAAACACGAGGUCAAAAAGGCGACAAAUCCGAAUCCGUCAAGCCCUUUACCUGGCUUCUUACCCAGCUCGACUCCUGCUGAUACCACCCGCGGAACAUCAGAAGCUUCUGAAGACGAGAGUACUCAACAAGAGCCGACUCGUCCAAUCGGUCGCAAAAAGGCGAAAAUUGCUUAUCAAGAAGAGAAGCUCGAUGCGUCUAAUCACGAACAUCUCAAGAAGAUGGCCGGUGCGCAUGUCGACAUAGCGGAGGCGGUCAAAAAUCAAAAAAACGCAAUCUCAGCUCAACAGUCCGCUCUUGAACGCCUUGCCGAUGAAGCGAUCAUGAGCAAAGAUCUCACUGGGGCCGAUGAAGACGUUAGGAGAUACUAUUCUCUUCAACGAAAGAAAAUUUUAGCUCGUCUUGAGAAGGAGGUGUCAGAGUCAGCCCCAGCAGCUCCGAGCACCUAG